UGUUGUCUGUGACUGUUUCAGUUUUUGGCGCGAUUAACAAAUUUAUUGUCAACGAUUAACCUCACAUUUGAGAAGGUACCUAGAUUUGGUUUUGAAUCGUUUUUGUUAAUUUUGCAAUAAAUGUAGCCUUACUAUGAAUGAAACUAAAUAUUUAAAUAAUGCAGUAUAAGUAAUAAGUUAAUUUGAUUGUACAUAGUCUGUGACAACGUAGAAAAUGGGUAUUCAGGGAUUGCUUCCCUAUCUCGAAAAAGCUACAAGACCUUGCGAUGUAUCGGAAUUUCGAGGAGGAACUUUAGCGAUUGAUUCAUACUGUUUCCUUCACAAAGGGGCGACCGCGUGUGUGGAACAACUUGCGCGAGGAGAAGAUAGUCCCUUGUAUGUGAAAUAUUGCCUGAAGUAUGUGAAGCUAUUGCUUUCAUACAACAUACACCCUAUAAUGGUUUUCGAUGGCAGAAAUCUUCCAGCUAAAGCUGAGACGGAAGCUAGACGACGCGAUUCGCGAAAAAAGGCAAAGCAAAGAGCAAAAGAACUGAUACAUUUGGGGAAAACAGGGGAAGCCAGAAAUUUUCUUAAACAGUCCAUUGAUAUAACUCCAAAAAUGGCCUAUAACUUAAUAGUGGAAUGUAGAAAACUGAAUGUUGAUUGUAUUGUAGCACCAUAUGAAUCUGAUGCACAGCUCGCAUUUUUCAAUUUAAAAGGUAUUGCUGACGCAGUAAUAACAGAAGAUUCAGAUUUAGUUUUGUUUGGCUGCAAAAAAGUAUUAUAUAAAUUGGAUUUAAAUGGUCACGGACGGUUAGUGGAAACUGAGAAAAUUUAUUUAGCCAUGAAGAUGAGACCUGAUCAAUUUACUUUUGAGAAGUUUAGAUACAUGUGCAUACUUUCUGGGUGUGAUUAUGUUGAUUCUCUCCAUGGAAUUGGUCUAAAAAAAGCAGAAACAUUUUUAAAGCUCACUGCAGAAACAGAUCCGGAGAAGUUUAUUGACAAACUGCCAAGAUAUCUUAACAUGAAACAUCUAGUUAUUACUGAUGAAUACAGAAAAAAAGUUAUGACAGCCAAUGCCACAUUUCUUCAUCAAAUUGUUUUUGAUCCUCAUAGGAAAACAUUAACACAUCUUUCAAGUCCUGAAUCAGUUGGCACAAAAGAAGAAUAUCUUAAAAAUUCUGGAGAAUUUUUUGACAAUGAGAAAGCAUACCAAAUAGCUCUUGGCAACCUUAACCCAAACAACUUUGAGCAAUUUGAUAACUGGAUACCUUCACCGAACCACCCUUACAGUAUUUGGUCAGGAGUAUGUAAAAAAAGAAUAUCAGUUAAAGAAGAAAAGGAAAUCAGUAAAUGGACUUUCACAAAAUAUUUAUCCGCUACCAAUGAAAGUGCUAGAAAGACCUCCGCUCUCGAAUUUGAAAAACAAAAAAUAAAUGAAGACAGUCAGAUUGAAAAGGAACUGUCAAUCUAUACCAGGGCUUUAAAAGUAGAAAAAGAAGUUUAUUGCAAACAUGAACCAGAUGUAGCUUGUGAUACAGAAACUUCUCCAAUAAUAUCCCAAAAUCCAUUUUUAAAGAAGAAAAAAUUAAGUAAAUUCCCUAAUACAUUUGCAGACGAUAAUAUUGUCGUGAAAAGUCGUUUCUUCGAACCAAAGAAAGACGAAGAUUUGAAAGAAAUAUUACAUGAAGAGUGCUCAGAAAUAAUUGUUAAAAAAAGAAGGGUGGAAGACAUUCUAACAGAAGUUAGAACAAAUGAGAGUAUGAUUGAAAUAAUAGAUGUUGACGCUGUGCAUUAUGAAAAGUCUUCUCAGAAGCAAGAAGAUACAGUAACCAGUAAUAUCACUAAGAAGAAAAAACUUUCAUCCUGUAGAUCUGUUGGUUUACAAAAAAAUCGAAUAGGGCAACAAACAUUGCAUAAUUUUUUUGGUACAUUUAACAAGUAG